AUGCCAGGCAGUCCAGAGAACAUCCCGCUGGGAGAGUGCACCCUCUCCGAGUCCAGGGACCAGCUGACGCCGCCGAGCCGCACAGAGAGCACCGUGUUCAGCCUGUCACGCAGCGAGUCCCUCUGGACCACCGAGACCCCUCGCAGCAACUGUGAGAUCUACUGGUUCCCCAUCCACCUCAUGUCCACGGGGGGCAGCUUCCUGGUAUGCGGCAUCAUCAUCAGCGGCCUGUACUUCGCCGGCCACUGCAAGAAGGUCACUAACAUCCUGGGUCCGGCCUUGCUGUCCAUUGGCCUGAUGGUCUUUGUGGUGGGUGUGGUCCUGAUUCCCAUCACCAAGGAGAAUAGGAAGCAGCCUGCCAUUAAGAGAUCGCUCACUUACAGGCCUCCGGUGUUCAAUCUGUGA